UUAAACGAAGACACUGACUCAGUAAACCUAAUUUCUUGGGAGACAACUUGCGCAAUAAAGCAGUAGCUGAGCAGUGGUUCCCAACCUGGGGGACGAGACUCCUGAAAGGGGUUACAGAGGUUAUAAAUCUGGGGGGGUUAGCCUACAAGAUCAUUAAUAUUAUAGGAGGGAAUAAAAACACAUUUCUUCUACACAAAACUCUGUUUAUUUUUCUGACUUUUCUUCUUGCGACUUUGUAAGGAACAAUCAAUGAUGACUGAGAUAUUUGCUAAAUGUGACUUCAGAUACAGCUCACCAUCGGCUCAGCAGUGGGAGUCAUUUGUCAAGACUUUGUUUUGUAUUAGUAUAUAAGUUAGACCAUCAAAUGACAUCACGUCCACUUGACACCCAUGGAAGUAAAGUAUACACCUACAGGGGAAUAGCAAUUGCUGGAAGUGUAUUGAAUUUAAUUUCAGCGACUGUAAUGGUACUUUGUUUUCAUUUAUGCCUUUUAUUGAGUAUUUAAAAGACCAACAAAUAGUGGCUCUUUUAAAGGCUGUGUUUUUAUACAUUUUUAAUUUGACUACUUUUCUACUUUCUAGGCCACAAACAUUAAAUAAAAUAUUAAGUAUUUCCCCACUGUUACAUCAUUUUAUUCCUGGCAGUGUGGAGAAAUAAAAUGAACAGAAAACAUAACUUAACCAUCAACUGAAUUAAUAAAAAUUAAAUAAAAAAUCUAAAUAAAUACUGAACGCUGAAUUUAAUUUCAGCGACUGUAAUGGUACUUUUGUUUUCAUUUAUGCCUUUUAUUGUGAAAGACAGAAUCGUCACACUUCCUGUUUUGUUACAUUUUUUUUGACUUGAAGCAGCUGCAGACUUCAGCUGCUUGUUUUGUUGUGGUUCAGGUCAUUGACGUCAGAUUUCUGCAGCUCGUUACCACGAAGUUGGCUGUGAGAGACCAAGUAUCAUUCAGUUGGCAUCAGAAGAAACGGCUGGUUGGAGCCAGAAAGUGACGUCUCUCUCACUUUCCCUCUUUUUUUUUUUCUCCGUGCGGCCCAUGAAAGGCUCUUUCGCCCCAAACGAAGCACAGUUACCCCAACUGCCCGAAGGCAGGCGAACCCCGAAGGCCAGAACUCACGAGGGACUUCCCACAUCAACUCCCAUAUCUCUCUCUCUCUCACACACACACACACACACACACACACACACACACACACACACACACACACACACACACAUACACUGCAGGAGCCUGCUGGACAGCCACAAUGAAGCCCAGACCUUCAGUGGAGUGGACCGUUGUCACCGCCUCCAUCUAUGGGAAACUUGCCGUGUCCCUCGGUGCUGAACCUGGACCUGAGCUUUUGGUGGGAUUUUUUUGUUGAUCUCGAGGCAGGAUAGAGCGAGUAGGAUGAUGACUGCGCUGCAAAGCACGGAGGAGGGUGGAGGUGGUUGUGGCCACAUGGACAUACUGAGCACCGAGGAGCUGGAGUGUAAGAUCUGUUACUGUGAGUACAACCUGGGGAGUCGCAGGCCGAAGGUGCUCGAGUGCUGCCACCGUCUGUGUGCCAAAUGCCUCACUAAGAUCCUGGACCUGGGUGAGUCGCCUCCCAACGCUGUGGUUUGCCCGUUCUGCCGCUACAUUACCAGACUGCCGGGGGAGGCGGUGAGCAGCCUGCCAGAUGACUGCAACCUGGUGGCGGCGCUGACCCUCCAAAGCAGGAAUCACAGGAACCUCCACUUCCACCAGGAGGCGACCACAGAGCUGCUCCUCAGCCCCAGGCGCCUGAGCUCGCUGAUGGGAAACCCACCUAUGACAUCCCCUUCCUCCUCCUCCUCUGCUUCUUCCUCCACCACCUACUCCUCCAUCCGGGGCUCCCCUAACUUUGUGGUCAUUACCAUCAUGGAGCCUCCGCCGGUGCCUGCAUCCACCCAAGACCUUCACCUCCACCGCCAGCCGCGUGGAUCUCACACAUCAAACCGGGGGUACCGCUCGUCCAGUCUGGACUCCAUGGCGUCCAUCACGCAGAGGUGGACGUUGUGGAACUGCGCGGCCCUGCUGUGCCAGACCUCGGCCCGGGCGCUUGUGUGGGUGCUGGGGCUACUGUACUUCAGCUCUCUGCCCAUGGGGGUUUACCUGCUCAUCAUGCAGAGGACAACGCUCGGGGUGCUGCUGGUGAGCCUGGUUCCUGCCAGCCUCGUCAUGAUCAUGGUCUACGGGUUCUGCCAGUGUAUCUGCCAUGAGUUGUGGGACUGCAUGCCGCCGUAAUGGGACCAGAUGAAUGGCCAAUGGUUUGCUUUGAAUAUGCCUGACAAUGGACCUCCAGAAUUCACUAAUGGGGAUGUUACUGUGUAACUGACCAUGUAAACACUUACUUCAAUAGGAGAAAAAAUGCUCCUUUUCUUUAUUGAAGAAGAGAGCAAGAACAUUAUGUACAUCACAAAUGGAGCUCACAGUUUGGGGCUUUUUAUUAUUGUACAUGUUAAUUUGUGCUUUGUUUAGCUUGGUAGCCAACUAAUUACCCAUUAAAGCUCAAAAUGUCAGAUUUAGCUAAAACUUUAAUGCCAAUUUUGGUGGAAUCGGCUAAAUAUUACGUAUAAUAACCUACUGUUACAGUGAGAAACCUGAAGGUAUUUAAGGUGUUAAUAAUAACUCUCUGACACAGUCACAAAUAUAGACAGAAUAUACAAUAGUUUGAUUCCGAAAUAAAAUGGUUACCAGUUAA